UCUACGGUUUAAUGGGUUACGAACCUUUAACAUACGAAGACUACAUUUAUCCUAUUUGGGCAAACGUAUUGGGUUGGUUGGUCGCAUGUUCUUCUAUCAUUAUGAUCCCAGGUAUGGCGAUUUACAAAAUCAUGAGCACGCCCGGAUCUAUUGUUCAAAAAUUUAAAAUCCUAACAACUCCGUGGCGAGACACGCAACGUCAAAGGAACGAUCUAUCUUCAGUGGCAAACGGUGCAAUUCGACGAAGUUUCAUGGCCGAGCAAGAUUUUGAUAUCACAAAGGAUCACGAAUUAACAAAAGAACAAACGGAGGUAAUGAUUCAACCUAGAGAGAGUGUGAAAGGGUGCGAUCCACCUCCAGAACCAGUCUAGGACAGUGCAGUUGUUAUGUUGCACGGUGCACGGUUCCAAGUGUAUCUCUGCUAGAGCGUAAUCGCCGGGCAAGGUCCUACGACGACGAGUAAUAUUCACUCAUCAAAAUGGACAACGAUACAUUUUUUGCACGGAUCACAUUCGGAUACAGUCCUAACUUAAAUUUUAGGGCCCCGGCUUGAUUGACAAGAUUGCUUUAAUUGAAGUCUACGACUGGACAUUUGCGCCUAUUUCGCUUUGUUCCUUCUGCGAUGAACGGAGACGAGUUCUGUUCAAAAUUCCGUAUCACUUAUAUUAUUAUGAUAAAAGCUCUACUAAUAAUUACGUAGGUAUAGAUUGAAAAUCUAGAAAGAAGAGUAUAUCAUCGCAGCAAUGUCUCUAGCUUCGCUUUCCCUCGAAAGGAUCCAAUGGAAAUUUCUCACAGUAAUUUCGGAUGCUGUAAAUAUAGUCACAUAUAUUACGAAAUAUGAAAUAUAAAAUACGAAUCUCUUUCUCGAAUGAUUACUGACAAAUACUGAAACGCGUAGCGAAAGAACAGUCGAUAUCACGUUUCGUCUAACGAACGUGUUUAUCGUGCUAUUUUAUCAAAUGUUCUCAAACGAGAACUAUACCACCUAUCUACCUUGGAUGACAAUUUUAAAUUUAAGAGAACCAUUUAUGUUGAAAAUUUAGUUUAACUUAGGCAAUCAUUUACACCAUAUAUAUAAUGAAUUCGAUAUUUUGCUGGAUUGAGCCAACUAAUAAUGGAUUUGUUUCGAGAUAAUUAACCUUUAUUUACUUAA